AUGUUUCUCUUCCUUGUUGCUUUUUUGCCAGUGGUUUUUAAAAUUGGUUUUGUCAGCCUCUCAGCUCUGCAGCACUGGAACUGUCCUAAUGGAUACAGAUUAAAGACUGAAAACUCUGCCUGUAUAGAUAUUGAUGAAUGCCUUGAAGGUGGUUUGGGAGCCUGUGGCCAAACCUGUAUCAAUGUGCCAGGGUCCUAUAUCUGCUCCUGUUUGCCUGGCUACACCUUGGAUAUUGACAAACGGUCUUGCUAUGCGAAUGACCCUGUACCAUUCCUACUUUUUAGCCAUGGAAGUGCCAUCUUUAGAAUUGACACUGAAGGGACCAAUCACGAAAGAUUGGUGGCCGAUGCUGGUCUGUCAACACUUAUGGACAUUCAUUAUACAGAAGAGAAAGUGUAUUGGGUAGACUCAGAAAGGCGACUUCUGCAAAGAAUUCAUGUGACUGGCGCAAAGCGAGAGAGACUGUGUUACAUAGACAAAGGCAUUUCAUGUUUUGCUAUUGACUGGAUAAAUCAAGACAUCCUCUGGGCCAACAGACAGAAAUCAACCAUAGAAGCAACAGACAUGAAUGGGAAGAAACGCAGAGUUAUUCUAAGAAAUGUUGGUCGUCCCACAAAGAUUACCAUUGAUGCAGAGCAAAGGUUGUUAUUUUGGUCAUCUGACAGCACAGUUUCCGGUAUAUACCGAGCAUCUCUCAAUGGAAGUGAUGUGAGAAAUAUUUUAAGAACCACAGAAAAAAUAAAGGCCAUCUCACUAGACUUGGUUGACAUAAGGCUCUACUGGAUCCAGCAUGACCAUGGGAAGGAGAUUUCCCAUAUUGGAUCGUGUGACUAUGAUGGGGGAACUGUUCAUUUGCUUCAGAGUUCUGGCCGACAUCAGUUGCUUGGUAUGUCUCUCUUUGCUGACCACCUGUACUAUUCAGAGUUGAAAUCUGGUAUGAUAUGGAGAGCCAACAAGUAUACCGGAAAAGUUGUAGUCACAAUUAGCCUGAAACCAUCAUUUUUUCCACCAGUGGAGAUAAAAGUGGUGCAUCCAUUUCAACAGCCUGGUGCAAGAACAGAUCUUCAGGAUUUUGAAAGAGGAAUCUGUGAUAUAACAAAAGAAAAGUGCAGAAGAAGAACUUGCAGGCCAGAUUCGAGGACUCAUCGGUGUAAAUGUUCUAGUGGCUUUAUUUUAAGUCGAAAUAAGCAGUAUUGUGAAGAUAUCAAUGAAUGUGGCUUCUGGAAUCAUGGCUGUACUUUGGGCUGUGUGAACAUCCCCGGUUCCUAUUACUGCACCUGCCCAAGAGGUUUUGUUCUGCUGCCUGACAGGAAAACAUGUCACGAGCUAAUUUCCUGUAUAAGUAACGAGACUAAAUGUAGCCAUGGUUGCCUACAGACAUCUAAAGGGCCUGUUUGCUUUUGUCCUGAAGGAUCUAUACUCAAAGUGGAUGGCAAAACAUGCACGGGUUGCACAUCUCCAGAUAAUGGUGGCUGUAGUCAGAUAUGUUCUUCUUUAAGCCCGUCCUCCUGGGAGUGUGCUUGCUUUCCUGGAUAUAAGCUUCAGGGAGACAGAAAGCACUGCACUGCUAUAGGCCCCAGGCCAUUCCUGCUGUUUGCAAACAGCCAAGAUAUCCGCCGGAUCAGUUUUGAUGGAACGGAUUACACAAGUUUACUUGACUGGCAGAUGGGAAUAGUCUUAGCUCUGGAUUCUGACCCAGUGGAAAGUAAGAUUUACUUUGCCCACACUGCCUUGAAGUGGAUAGAACGAGCUAAUCUGGAUGGCUCAAAUCGUGAAAAAGUUAUUCAUGAAGCUGUAGAUAUACCCGAAGGCCUUGCUGUUGACUGGAUUAACCGUAAAUUGUAUUGGACAGACAGAGGGAAGGCAUGCAUUGAAAGGAGCAAUUUGAAUGGAAUGCAAAGAAAAAUGAUCAUCUGGGAGGAUAUCUCCCAGCCCCGAGGGAUUGCCAUUCACCCAUUUGUGAAGAGAUUAUUCUGGACUGAAAUGGGGGUCCAUCCCCGGAUUGACAGCUCUUCAUUAGAAGGCAGCGAUCGUCGAGUUAUAGCCAGCACUGGGCUAGUGAGUCCCAGUGGAAUAACUCUUGACUACUUAGCCAACAAGUUGUACUGGUGUGAUGCUAAGCUGUCGGUGGUUGAGAGUACAAAUCUGGAUGGUUCUGAUCGUCGAAUUCUUGCACAGAAUGAUGUAGGCCGCCCCUUUGAUGUAGCAGUGUUUGAGGAUCACCUUUGGUUUUCUGACUGGGCUAGGCCAUCACUAAUGAGAGUGGACAAGAAGACCGGCCAAAACAGGGUACGUCUUCGAGGCAGCAUGCUGAGACCCUCAUCAGUGGUUGUAGUUCAUCCUUUGGCGAAACCAGGGACAAAUCCUUGCCUUUAUCAGAAUGGAGGCUGUGAUCAGAUCUGUGAAAACAAUUUUGGAGUUGCCCAUUGCAUGUGCCAUCCAGGAUUUGUGAAAACUCAAGAUGGAAAAACCUGCCGUGCACUGGAUGCUUCCAACACAACAGCAGGAAGUAUCUCUGUGCACAAGGAGGCAGGGCCAGUGCCAACACCAGAGACCCUACUCCAGAACACACAAAGCAAUGCAAUUUUCAAGGAUAUUGACAGUGGGGAAAAGAAGAAAAUCAACAUUUUGUUGAUGGCUGAAAUCAUGAUAUCAGAUCAAGAUGACUGCACUGCACUGGAAUGUGAUGUCAAUGCACACUGUGUUUUGCUAGAAGACGGUGCUGUGUGCCAGUGUUUGAAAGGAUUUACCAGGAAGGGCAAAUCAUGCUAUGAUACUGAUGAGUGUGCUGCAAAUACGGACGGCUGCAAUCGAAACGUGUCAGGCUGUAUCAAUACAGAAGGGGGCUACUUCUGCAAAUGCCUGGAGGGCUACACAGGAGACGGGCUCCAUUGCUAUGAUAUUGAUGAGUGCAAGAUGGGGUCCCACACCUGUGGAGAGAACAGAACCUGCACAAAUACAGAAGGAAACUUCACUUGCUCCUGUGCUAAUGGUGCUUCUGGAACUACCAUGGGUUGUGAAUCUACUUUGUCCCCUACUGUUGUCAACAAUGAAUAUUCUACACACCCUGUGCAAGGUGAUUCCAUGGGAUGCCCACCUUCCUAUGAUUCAUACUGCCUCCAUGGCGGAGUGUGCAAUUAUGUUUCUGACCUACAAGACUAUGCCUGCAACUGUGUGACGGGCUACGUAGGGGAGCGGUGCCAGUUCAGCGACCUGGAGUGGUGGGAGCAGCAGCACGCCGAGAGGGUGAAGGUGCGGAACAUCACCAUCGCAGUGUGCGUAGCGGUGCUGGUCCUGCUGCUCCUGCUGGGGACCCUGGCCGCCUACUGCUCCAGAAGUCAAAACUUGUAUAAGAAGAAUCUCUAUGCAGAAGCGAUAAGAGAUGCCAGCAGCCAUGCUGACAAUGAGAACGUGACACUUACUUGCAACAAGUCUCAGUUUGCGGUUGUCAAGGAGUGUAACAGUCCUCUGGAGACUAAAGCGGUUGAUCUAAUUGAGUGUGAGACAGCAGACCCUCAUCCUGCCUGGCCUUCAGAAUAUGAAGAACAGCCUAUAACAUAUGACAAAGCAGCAGAGACUUUGGCAGAAGAGGAGAAAGAACAAGGCUGCCUACAAGAGGUUCCUGGUGGUGAGAAAUCGUUUCAGCCCUCGGGAGCAGAGAAGGGUCCCCCCCAGGCUCCCUGGGGAGCCCACCCCAAGCCCCUGCAGGGAAGGGAGCCCUGCCUGCCUGCUCCAGCCAGCCUGCUGAUGCAGCCAGACUAG